AUGGGCACCGCCCAGAUCCGACCGUGGGUGGGCACCGCCUCGAGAGCGGCGAGCACCUCGCCCGUCACCGCCGCGUCUUCCUCCUCGCGCUACGGCGCGCGCCGCGGCAGAGGUCGCGUCGCGCUCCUCCGCCCGCGCGCCGCGACGACGACCGGCCCGAACCCGUCGACGACGUCUCCAUCCUCCUCCUCCGACGACGACGACGUCGAAGCCGCACGGGGUUGGACCCUGCUCGGGUGCGACUCCGACGCGGGCGGCGCGCUCGCGGUCGUCCGGGGCCCGUCCCUCGGGAACGUCGCGUCCGUGGACGUCCACGACUGUCCCACGUACAAGGCGGAGGUGAACGGCCGUAUACGCAAGCGCCUGUGCGUCGAGGAUAUGGUCGAACUCGUCGCGUCGCUGAACAUCCCGCGCGGCACCGUGGCGUUCCUCGAGGAGGGAGGCGUCGAGUACGGAUUCUCCGCGCAGACGGCGUUCGUGCAGGGGUACAACUUCGGUUUAUGGAAGGGCGUCUUGGCCGCGGCGGGGCUCAGGGUCGAGGUGGUCAAGCCGCAGGCGUGGAAACACGCGCUCGGGCUCGCGAGGUCGGGCUCGAGCAAAGACGACUCGAGGGACAUGGCGUCGGCGAUGUUCCCGGAGGUUGGCGACGAUUUGGGACGCAAGAAGGACCACGGCCGCGCGGAGGCGCUGCUCAUCGCCGCGUACGGUCACAUGGCGACGCACGCGAGGGACGCGCGAGCGGCGGCGGCGGCGGCGGCGGCGGCGGGACCUUUCGACGCCGCCGAGGAGGAUCCGCUGUGCCGGCGGGUCCGCGACAUGGUGAUGCGCGCCGCCGAGGAAGCCGCUUCCUCGGAGACGAGCGACACGCACGACGACGACGGGGACGAGACGAGAAGGAGCGGGCUUCGAAAGCGCCUCGGUCCCGACGACCCGCUCCCGUACUUCGGCCCGUACUUCGGCAUGACCGGGAAGGCGCUCGGCGAGGAGUGCAGGCGGCGGGGGCUCCGGGUGAGCGGCAAGAAGAUGGAGCUCAUCGAGCGGCUGGAGGACGACGACGCGGCGGCGAUGCGACGCGCGAGGGAGGCGGCGGCGGUGAUGGAGGCGGAGGGAGAUGAGGAGGAGGAUGAGGAGAGGGGGGCGCGAAGGGCGGCGGCGGCGUAG